UAAGAGGCGCAGAACCUACACAAGAUACUAACGAGACCCAAAGACUGCAAUAUGAAGGUCCGUGUUGGUGUGGAGAUGCUGGCGGCGUUGGUUGUGCUGUUCCUGGCUUUAGGUGCGAGUGACGGCGUGGUGAUGAACAAGUGUGAACUGGGGGACAAACUGAACUCGACUCUUCCUGAAAACCUUUUGGACCAGAUCACCGACCUGGUGGCCAAGAUUGUGUGCCAUGUAGAGCUGAGCUCUCACUUCAACACCAGCGCCAUCAAUCAUGUCAUUGGACCUAACGUUCAUAGUUUCAUCCGUGGAGGCCGUGGUGGACGGAAGGGCAGGUCUGCAGAGUCCAGCAGUGAGGAGUCCAGUGAGGAAGACAGUGACUCAUCCAGUGGUGAAGGACGCCGAAAGAGAUCCACAUCGACGUCAAGCAGUGAGGAGUCCAGUGAGGAAGACAUCAAGGUGCCUAAACCUAAUUUCAAUUCUUCAACGGUUCAUCCAGUCACUCGUCCCCAAGGUACCAACUCAUCCAGCAGACACGGUCAUAGAGGACGCAAGGGCAGGUCUGCAGAGUCCAGCAGUGAGGAGUCCAGUGAGGAAGACAUCAAGGUGCCUAAACCUAAUUUCAAUUCUUCAACGGUUCAUCCAGUCACUCGUCCCCAAGGUACCAACUCAUCCAGCAGACACGGUCAUAGAGGACGCAAGGGCAGGUCUGCAGAGUCCAGCAGUGAGGAGUCCAGUGAGGAAGACAUCAAGGUGCCUAAACCUAAUUUCAAUUCUUCAACGGUUCAUCCAGUCACUCGUCCCCAAGGUACCAACUCAUCCAGCAGACACGGUCAUAGAGGACGCAAGGGCAGGUCUGCAGAGUCCAGCAGUGAGGAGUCCAGUGAGGAAGACAGUGACUCAUCCAGUGGUGAAGGACGCCGAAAGAGAUCCACAUUGAGGUCAAGCAGUGAGGAGUCCAGCGAGAGAAACAUGUGGACUUUGUACGGGUUGUUCCAGCUGCCCGACCGUAUCGCCUGCACCUCUGGGUCUGAACCCUCUCUCAACCUCUGCAGUAUGGCCUGUGACAGUCUGAUCGAUGACAAUAUCACAGAUGACAUCGCCUGUGUUGAGACCAUCCUCAAUAAGAUGUUGUCAGCAGCAAACAAUCCAGGACCGAAUAAAGCACUUUUCAACAAAUUGUAUGCUAAUUUCUUCCAGAAGGAGUGCAAGAACGUGGAGGAUUUGGCGUACUUCUCCACUUGCUAAAACAGACAGCAGGCCUAGCAAACAUCUCGACUCAGUUCUACUCAAAGAAAUUCACUUUUUAACUGCUGACAUUUGACUUAGCUUAUGGCUACUUCUAAAAUGAUUCAAUCCCACCUAACUAGAGUAUAUUUUGAUCAGUGUCUCACUGUGAAAAACAAUUAUAAUCACGUAAUUUUCGAUAGAUUACGGCUACAUCGAGUCCAUUAACCCUGGGUUAAAUUACACUUCAACGCACCGAACGAGUCGGGAGAACGCUGCUGCUUAAACCUGUAGCAUGCCCUUCUUUGGCCAUGUGUUUCUCUCUUCUGUUCCUCACGUCUACUUCAUUAUCAAUUUAUUAUUUCUGACCAUGAUUAUCAUACAGUCCCUGUUGUGUAUUUCAUUUGAAAAGAGAGCUGUCUCUUUCAUUAUAAUUAAAUUCAGAACUUACAAAAAUGAUGACUGUAGUAACAUUGAAAGGGAAUGAUUUAGAAGACAAAGAUUCGUUGUUGUUGUUGUUGUUGUUGUUGUUGUUGUUUUUAAUGAAUGACAGAGAUAUAUUGGUUACUUCUGGAGAGCAUGUGACAUUACGAUAGGCACAACAUUUUUUAUUAAAUGCAUAUUAAAAAUUCAGGAAAUUG